GUGGUUGACCUGCUUACAUAUUUGAAACUUUCUAUUCAAACGAUCACUGGUUACUGAUCACCAACAACUGGUCACAUAGUCUGUGACAUAUUGAGUUGAUUACUAUACAUAUUAAAGUAGUAAAUUAAAAUUCGAAUUAUAUCCUUUUAUCUUACUACUAUAUUUAACUUUUUCCUAGCCGAUCCUCGUGGAAAGGUAUUCCAAUUGGCAUGCAUAUAUCAAUAAUUACAUAAUUUGCAUUCGAAAUGACAGCUUAUCUACCAUAUCUGUUAACUCCUAAUCCACAUCUAUUAACACCUGCUGCAUCUAAUUCAAAUGCUUCACGAAGAUCAAGUACCAUAUCAUCAACUUCAACUAAAAAAACUACUGCUUUACCUUCUAGAAUAACAAAACCUCAAGAAUUUAUAACUUAUAUAUUACCUGAUAUUAAAGCUGUUGAAUAUUUUCGAAAAGAUUUUGUACUUUCAGGUGAAUUUCAUAUUAUUGAAGAAACUAAAGUUGGAGGAUUUGAUCUUUAUUUAGUUGAACAAUGGGUAAAUGAUAGAAAAAUAGGUACAAUAGUUUCAAGUUUUACAGGUAAUCUUGAUUCAAAAAUUCCAGUAAUACGAUUUACUAUAUUAAAGAAGCAAUCGAAAUUUUAUCCUAUUAGAUUUCAAGAAUAUCUUAAUGAAUUAAUGCUUAAUCAUUCUAAAAUAAAACGAAUGGAUGAUAAUGGUAGUAGUAUAAAUAUUCCUGAUACAUCAACAUUAACUUCAAGUAUAUCUGAUUUCCCAGUAAAUGAAGUUUCAUUUGUUACAGAUAUAAGUUUAUUACCAUCACAUCUUAAUUUAAUACCUUUACCACUGGGAUUUACUCAAAGUAUGUUUGAUGAUUUUAGUAUAAAUUCAAAUUUAAAGAAAUUACGUUGUACAGGUAGAUCACUUUCUUUAAUGACAUCAAAAAUUUCUGAUGCAAAUGAUGAUAAAUUUAGACAUAUGUAUAAAAUAUUUAAUGGUAAUAUCCCUAUUAAAUUUGCUAUUAGAGAAUUUAUUAAUGUUAUUCAAAUUUGUCUUUUUUAUUAUGAUUUAUUAGAUGCAAAAUAUUGUGAUGGUUUAUUAUGUAAUAGAACAGAAGAAGCCAUUAAAAAUUGGUGGAAUGUGGUUGGUUUACCACAUUUUAAUACUAAACCUAAUUUUUCUAAAAGAGGAAUAUUACCUUCAGCUACUGCUGCUGCUAUAUUAAGUUUAACUUUAAGUGUUAAACUUCGAUUACAAUUAGUUGGAGGAUGUGAUGUACCAAAGGAUUUAUUUGAUUUUGAAAAUUUUAUGUUAUCUAUUGGUCAAUUUCAAAGACAAUAUCGUUUAGAUAAAAAGAGAAAAUUAGAUCCUGAAACAUUACAUCGAAUCUUUUCAGUUACAACUUCUAAAUAUAAUAUUGAAAAGAAUAGAAAUCAUUAUUUUGAAGAUGAUGAUGAUGAAGAAGAUGGUUAUGAAGAUAAUUCUUUAACUACAACUAUAUCAGGAACUCCAAUUAAUCCAAAUUAUAGUAUAGCUGCCACCCCAAAUUCUCUAUCACUUAUGUCACCUACUCCUCAACAUCGAAAGAAUAAAUCUCAUUAUGGUAUGGAAUUGAAAAAAUUAACUAAUGUUGUAAAGAAUACAGUUCAAGAUAGAAUAAUUGCUGCUGGUGGUAGAGAUAUGGAUGAAUCAGGUAAUAUAAGAACCAGAAAAUUAGCAGAAAUUAGUCCUUCAGAAGUUGAAACUCUUGAUUUGAAUGAAUUAGUUAAUAAUUAUAUUUCAGGUAAAACUUUAAUUAGAUUAUUUCAUGGUUAUGGUAGUACAACAACAAAUGGUUUAAGUACCCAAUCAGUUGCUACAUCUCAUAGUCAUGAUUCAAGUAGUUCGGGUGAAAGUGGAGUCAUUCAUCGUCAUCCUCAUUCACAUUCACAUGCUCAUUCUCAUCAUCAUCAUCAUCAUCAUAAAAGUCAUUUAGCUGAUGAUCCAAAUAAUAAGAAGUAUGAAUUUAUUAGUCUUCGAGAUAAAGUAAUGAAUCUUCAUUCUGGUGAUGGUGGUCCACCACCUUCAACCGCUUCAAUGACCGAUAUUUCAUUAUAUUCUCGAGGAUUAAAUCGGAUGAGAAUGGGAUUACAAAAUACAAAGGGCAUUUUAUUACCUUAUAAUAAAAAGGAUCAUUUCCAAACUUAUAAUUAUUUAGAUACUAGUAAAAAGAAUAAUGGUACUAUUGAUAGUUUAAAUUUUAAUAAUGGAUCAAAUUCAAUUGUGGAUACAUUAUUACAAAUUCCUAAUGAUACAGCUUCGAGUUUUGAUAUGUCUAGUAGUAUACAAACUAAUGGAGAUUUAUCAAAGGAUAAUUUUUGUAUUGAAGAAAAGAAAUCUAUUCAUAAAGAUGAAAAAGUUGAAAAAUGUCGUCGAGUAUUAAUGAGAAGAAGUUCAUUCCCAUUAGAUGAUAGUGAUAUGAGAGAUAUUCGAAAACUUCAAUAUAUUAAGAAAGCUACUGAAUAUGAUCCUGUUAUAGUUGAAACAUGUUAUAAUCGUCAAAGAAGUUCAAGUGUUUCUGCUAUUGAUAAUGAACCAAUGGAUUAUAAUUUAGCAAGUAUUUAUUCAUUUUGUUAUCGAUAUAUGGGAAAUCUUAAUAAUUUAAUUAAAUAUAAUAGUCUUCAAAAAUCAUAUUGGGAAGAUACUUUAACCAAUGGAUUUUAUUCAAAGGAAUCAAUCGAUAGAGGAUAUAAUUUAUUAAAUUUAGAAUUAAUUAAAUUAAAUAAUAUGCAAAGUCAAAUGAAUAAUAGUAAAACCAAAAUUAUUGAUGAAGAUUUGGUAGGUCAUUUACGUUAUAGUGUUAAAGAUUUAACUAGUUCAAUUGAUAGAUUAACUUAUGAAACUCGAAUUGUUGUUAAAAGAAUUAAUGAAUUAGAAGAAAAUUGUUCAUUAUUUGAAAUUAAACUUAAUGAAGAAUGUAAAACUAAAUUAACUAAUAUGAUUGAAAAUGUUAUUCAUCUGAAUAGAUUUAAAUUAGCUUUUCCUAAUAUAGAAGAAAGGAAAGAUAUUAUUAAAAAAUUAGGUGGAGAUAUUGAAUUAACUGAUAAUAAUGUUAGUGAUUUACCAUUACAUCAAAAAUUAUUUAGAAUCUUAAUUAUCUUUAUAUUUGAUUUAUUAACUUAUAUCUCCCAAAUCUUUCAUUUUGAUAGAGGUAAGAUGAAUCUUAAUAGAAUUAGACAACAAUGGGUUAAAUUAGAUCCUAAUAGAGAUAUUAUUAAACAAGCUUAUAAUUUUAUAGGUAGAGAACCAUCAAGAGAUAGUGUUGCUUCGAUAGAUACUAAACGGUCUGGACUGUCUAUAUCUUCUACUGAUAGUAUUGAUCCCUUAAUAGGUUAGAAUUAUAUAUAUAUAUA